CACCACACUUCUUCACAAUGUCUGAGCCUGAGUUUGAGCAAGCCUACAAGGAGCUCGCCUCCACCCUCGAGGGCUCCACCAUCUUCCAGAAGAACCCCGAGUACAAGAAGGCUCUCGAGGUCGUCUCCGUUCCCGAGCGCAUCAUCCAGUUCCGCGUUGUCUGGGAAGACGACAAGGGCAACUGCAACGUCAACAAGGGCUACCGCGUCCAAUUCAACUCUGCUCUCGGUCCCUACAAGGGCGGUCUCCGGUUGCACCCUACGGUCAACCUGUCCAUCCUCAAGUUCUUGGGUUUCGAGCAAAUCUUCAAGAAUGCCCUUACCGGUCUGAACAUGGGCGGUGCUAAGGGAGGAUGCGACUUCGAUCCCAAGGGCAAGUCCGACAACGAGAUCCGCAAGUUCUGCGUAUCUUUCAUGAGGGAGCUCAGCAAACACAUCGGUAAGUCUUGCCAUCAGCGCUCGUCCUUCUAG